ACCGUUGCGAGAUGAGACUAGAUUGUCAAGCGUCUAUAAGCUUUGCGAAGCUAGUAUAUUCACAUAUCAACAACCGUCUGCACCACCUGUAGGCGGCAGACACUAAGCUAAUACCAGAUUCGGAUUGUGCAAGCUUGCCAGACAAUCACUAAGAUGGUGGGCAAGAAGUCAGGCCGUGCCCUUCUGAGGGAGGAAGGUACGUCUGACAACCUCCUUCCCUUCGAUCGCAUGAUGGGCGUGCCAUGUAUCGAACCGUUUUCCACGCUUUACCACCGAAGCACUCCGCCGCGCCACUACUUACCCAAGGAUGCGCACCUGCAUCGUGCAUACUAAGCAAACCGCGUAGGACUGGCUCGCACGGACAACAAUAUGGAUUUCACAAAUUGGCCACAGGUGAAUAUGAUCAAUCAGAAGAACUAUUAUACGUACGUUGACCCACCCUUCGCAAGUCCAACAACAACCCUGUCGAGCCAAACAUCUUCACUUAGCAAACGUCCAUCA